AUGGCUGAAAUUUCCUCAAUAGAAGAGAAAAAUAUCAAACUUGAACGACAGGUCGCAGAUUUACAAAUUGAAGUCAACCAGUACAGAAGUAACUUGAACGAAAACAGUUCUGCCUCCACUAAAUUGACCAAUUCUAUUUCAAACUUAAGACGUGAAGCGGAGUCUUAUCAGAGCGAGCUCAAUCAGGCACGGGAUGAACUAAGAAAUGCGACUGAGAAAAUUCAACAGAUAGAACGAAAGUUUUCUGAUACAAAAAAGACUGAUCAAAAGUUAAUUGAUACAACAGGUUUUUUAAACGAUAAAAUUCUAAAUUUAACAAAUAUUCUUGAAAGUAAAGAAAGCGAUGUACGGAAGAUGGAAACGAAAAUGGCUGAAUUUUCUUCAAUAGAAGAGAAAAAUAAUAAACUAGAACGACAGAUCACAGAUUUGCAAACUGAAAUCAACAGAUAUGAACGUGACUUUAACGACAAAAGUUCUGCUUCCGCUAAAUUGACCAAUACUAUUUCAAACUUAAGACGUGAAGUGGAGACGUAUCAGCGCGAACUCAAUCAGGCACGGGAUAAACUGAAAAAUGCGACUGAGAACAAUCAACAGAUGGAACGACGAAUUUCCGAUCUUAAAAAGAGUGAUCAAGCGUUCAUUAAUGAAAGAGGUUGUUUAAACGAUAAAAUCCAAGAGUUUACAAAUAUUCUCAAAAGGAAAGACAGCGAUGUACGGAAGAUGGAAACGAAAUUGGCUGAAAUUUCCUCAAUAGAAGAGAAAAAUAUCAAACUUGAACGACAGGUCGCAGAUUUACAAAUUGAAGUCAACCAGUAUAGAAGUAACUUGAAUGAAAACAGUUCUGCCUCCACUAAAUUGAUCAAUACUAUUUCAAACUUAAGACGUGAAGCGGAGACGUAUCAGAGCGAACUCAUUCAGGCACGGGACGAACUGAGAAAUGCGACUGAGAAAAUUCAACUGAUAGAACGACAGUUUUCUGAUACAAAAAAGACUGAUCAAAAGUUAAUUGAUACAACAGGUUUUUUAAACGAUAAAAUCCUAACUUUAACAAAUAUUCUUGAAAGAAAAGAAAGCGAUGUAAGGAAGAUGGAAACGCAAAUGGCUGAAUUUUCCUCAAUAGAAGAGAAAAAUAAUAAACUAGAACGACAGGUCACAGAUUUGCAAACUGAAGUGAACAGAUAUAAAAGUGACUUGAACGACAAAAGUUCUGCUUCCGCUAAAUUGACCAAUACUAUUUCAAACUUAAGAUGUGAAGUGGAAACGUAUCAGAGCGAACUCAAUCAAGAACGUGAUGAACUGAAAAAUGCGACUGAGAACAAUCAACAGAUGGAACGACAGAUUUCCAAUCUUAAAAAGAGUGAUCAAACGUUCGUUAAUGAAAGAGGUUGUUUAAACGAUAAAAUCCAAGAGUUAACCAAUAUUCUCAAAAGGAGAGACAGCGAUGUACGGAAGAUGGAAACGAAAAUGGCUGAAAUUUCCUCAAUAGAAGAGAAAAAUAUCAAACUUGAACGACAGGUCGCAGAUUUACAAAUUGAAGUCAACCAGUACAGAAGUGACUUGAACGAAAACAGUUCUGCUUCCGCUAAAUUGAUCAAUACUAUUUCAAACUUAAGACGUGAAGCGGAGACGUAUCAGAGCGAACUCAUUCAGGCACGGGAUGAACUAAGAAAUGCGACAGAGAAAAUUCAACAGAUAGAACGAAAGUUUUCUGAUACAAAAAAGACUUAUCAAAAGGUAAUUGAUGAAACAGGUUUUUUAAACGAUAAAAUCCUAAAUUCAACAAAUAUUCUUCAAAGAAAAGAAAGCGAUGUACGAAAGAUGGAAACGAAAAUGGCUGAAUGUUCCUCAAUAGAAGAGAAAAAUAAUAAACUAGAACGACAGGUCACAGAUUUGCAAACUGAAAUCAACAGAUAUGAACGUGACUUAAACGACAAAAGUUCUGCCUCCACUAAAUUGACCAAUACUAUUUCAAACUUAAGACGUGAAGCGGAGACUCAUCAGAGCGAGCUCAAUCAGGUACGUGAUGAACUGAAAAAUGCGACUGAGAAAAUUCAACUGAUAGAACGACAAAUUUCCGAUCUAAAAAGGUCUGAACAAGCCUUAAUUGAUGAAAGAGGUUCUUUGAACGAUAAUAUCAGACAGUUAACAGAUAUUCUCAAAGGAAAAGACAGUGAUAUACGGAAGAUAGAAAAAGAAUUGGCUGAAUAUUCCUUGAUAAAAGAGGAAAAUGCAAAAGCUGAACGACAGAUCACAGAUUUACAAAUUGAAAUAAAGCAGUAUAAAAGUGAAUUGAAAGACAAAAGUGAUAAUUUGACAAAACAGACCAAUACAUUUUCAAACUUAAGUCAUGAAUCGGAGAGAUGUAAGAGUGAACUCAAAGAGGCCCAUGAGAAAAUAAGGAAGUUAAAUCUACAAUUGAAAACUGUAAAUGAUGAGCAAGAAAAGUGCAAUCAUCUCAUUUCUUCUCUACGUAAAGAGAAUGCAAAGCUGUCUAUGUACAAAGACAAUGACCAGACAAGACGUUCAGAAGCAACGCUUAGCCAAAGAGAACACGAACUUAGCCUUGCUUUGGAAAAAUCACGACGCGAGCUCCGUGAAGCUCAGCAUGAACUAGAUGAUACAAAAACAAGGCUGAGUAAGGUUAUGGGACAGAAACUGACUGACAACAAUCCAAAUAUCGCCGACCUGAGCGAUAAAAAUCGACCAACAAAACUUGCUGAGCGUUACUCCGAAUUGUAUGACAACCAAUGGACAGAUGCAUUUGAGGUCAUUUGCAAGCGGUUACACGACGAAAAUUCUACAAUCGAAUCACUCAUUGACAUAUUGAUGAAUGCUGCUAAAUAUUGUCGCGAAGAAGCCAUGACACAGUUGGAAACAAUACAAGGAAUUUUGCUUCCCCGGAAGACUGGAUCCACUUUUCCGUCACUUGUUCACAAGAAUUUGAAGGAUUGUCGAAAAGCACUUGGAGAACAAACAGGAGCCGCCAUUUACGAGAAAUACUUACAAGACAUUGCUAAACAGCGUCAGCAGUCUUUGCAACUAGAAGUAAAACCAUACGUCAAGGAGUGCGUUGAACUAUGUUGGCUAAUGAGCAUACAAGACCCACCCGUUGUCGUUGCAUCAGAAUUACAACACGGUGCAAAUUUCGACACGGACUUCUACAAGGCGUACACCAAGAGUGGUCCCCUGAUUGACUACGUCGUCUGGCCCGCCCUUUGCCUCCACGAGAAAGGUCCACUGCUUUGCAAAGGCAUUGCACAGGGAUAUGGCGGGAAGAAAACAAAAUACUAGUGAUCUAUGGGGGUGUUUCUUUGACGUUAAUAGUUACUUCUUUGUUUGGUAUAAACGUGCUUAAAUUUGCAUUAUAGAUGCAUGUGUCAUAAAGAAGACGCAUUUUAUGUUUGAGUGACUUUACUUGUGUAAACAGCAAUGUCAAUUGUAACAUGUAAAUAAGAUAUUCCGUCCUAUGAUUUCCAAUCCACUUCAAAUGCACCUACUAGUUUUACAUUUAAUAUUUUAUUUCACGUUUAUCUGAUGCAUUCUUUAAAAAUCUGAAACAUUUCCGAACAUUUAAGAUCAACCUUUUUUCUCGAAAAGUUCAGGAAUUAAACACGCUUGUUGAUUUAUAGUUUGAAUAAGAGUGAAUAUAACAGUAUUGAUCCCUUUGCAAGAUAUUAAAGCAGGAACUUAAAAUAGUAACUGAAACUGUCAACAGCAUAAUUGUCGAUAUCAAACCAGUGGAAGCAAUGUAAAAUGUGUUAUUAUAGUUACAACUCCGCGUCAUUGUUCAUGCGCUGAAAUACUUUUUUGCGUUCAACAGUCAAACACUUAAACUCGUUUUGGCAAGAGCUCAGUAUAAAUAGUUAGCAUUAUGCUUAAGGUCAUUUGAAAAAAAAAAUGUUAUGAAACAAAUACGCGUUAAGCUGAAUAUUUUGUGUGUUUUGUUGUUGUUGUUCUUGUUGUUGUUGUGUUUUUAUGUUUUUUUAAACGCACUUUUUAACCUACAUUGGCCUACGGUCUACUCGAACGUCUCAUUAUGUGUGUAAAGUCUGACAUAAGGUAUCUUUCAGAAAUAAAUACUAAACUAGUUUGUUUCGACAGAUUCCUGUCGUUCCAUAUAUGAAGAAACACGUGAUAAUAGAUGUGUAAUAGAUUUUAUUGUAUUGCUUAGUUUGAGCAGAAUUGUUGUUUUUACUGUUAUUUUUUUAAUUAUUGAUAUUAUAUAUAGUCAGUGUACCAAACAUACAUAUAUGUUAUUAGAGCUUAGUUCAUACAUAGAAAUGCAUGAACCAAAUAAUCUUGCGAACCUUGAAUCUUGUUCAAAUGUCUGAUAUUACUGCUUAAAACAAUAUUACUCAAGUGAUUUCAAGAUAUGUAACAAAACAGAUUAUAUAAUAUAUUGUAUAUAUAUAGAAAAUUACUCUUUUACACAGAUGCAUAUUUCAUUGAAAUCGAAAAUCAUUAUAUAUAGUGUAGUGAAGGGCAUUGAUUUGCUACUCGUCCACAGAAGGUUGUAUACAAACAAUGUUUAUUUUGUUUUUAUCUUAAUGUGUUUGAAAAAGAACAGACGUUUUAUAUAUAUUUAAAUAAACUCAUCAUAUAGCCUCA